AUGACGAUGGUCAUUGAGAACCAGAACCGCCAAUACGGCGGGAUGGGCUUCGAUAACGUGUAUCAACACAACAUGCACCACAGCGCUCCGCAGUUCACCGACCCAUGGACCGCUCAAACUUCGUCCCAUUCCACUCCCCCGGUCUACGCGACUUCCAUGGGACCCAGCCAGAUUGGCCUCAGCCAUGUUAAGCAGGAGGAAGUGAGCCGCCCACCGAUGUCUAUGCCAUACUCGAGUAUUCCCGUUUCCGCUCCCUCGAUGGUCGCCGGGAGCAACUAUCCUACUGCUACUGCUUCGAGUUACCCCGGUCCGGAGAUGAUGGGUUUGUCGCACGACAUGCCGCGCACUUCUUUCGAUCAAGCUCCGGCCUAUACCACCGCCUCGCCCAUGACCAGCUUCGCGCCUGCGAGCUACGCCCCGCUUAGCUACGCUCCGUCUAUGCACCACCACCAGGACCGUCGGAUAUCUCAUGCUGAUGCUCGUGUCGGUCAAUCGCAACCCCCUUCCGCCCCAACAUUCGGAGAUGCUCUUGAUGCCAGCCGCGGAAUGGUCGCGCUCAGCCAGGAUAUGACACCUCGCAAUAUCUACGGCCCUCGCAGCUCGCGAGGCUCGGGUGACUCCUACGGUUUCCCCUCGACACACUCUUCUGGAUCGUCGAUCUCUUCCGGCGGAAACUACCCCUACUAUUCCGCCUCUGUCGCAUCUGUGGAGUCCUCUGUGACUGACUACAGCUCUACUACCUCGGAAUCUUACGAGAACGGCCACCUGUCGCGGACGCUGCCUCGCCCGUCGAACCUGUUGACGGGAAGUGCGCCUCCGGGACCCCAGUCGAUGAUGAGCCAGUUUAGCUCCAAGAUGCCGUCCAACACCCAGAAGAAGCACAAGUGCAAGGUGUGCGACAAGCGGUUUACCCGCCCGUCGUCUCUUCAGACCCAUAUGUACAGUCACACUGGUGAAAAACCAUUCGCAUGUGACGUGGAAGGCUGUGGCCGUCAUUUCUCGGUCGUCUCUAACCUGCGGCGGCACAAGAAGGUCCACAAAGGAGAAAAGGAAGGUGCUUCGGGCGAAGACGAAGAGUAA